UCACUCUCGAAAAAAUGCUGUUGUGUGGGGAGCGAGAGCGAAGGAAGAACAUCUCUGGUUAUCAGCAAUUACCUUCGUUCUCAGCAACUACACAAUCUCCCCACCACCAAACAGCCACAACCCCAACUAACAGCCAAUAAUGCAAUUUAAUUCAUCUUAAUUUUGUUCAGCUAUCUUCAUUUAAAAAAAAUCGUCACGUAUCAAAAUGAAUGGCAGUACCAACUCCGAGUCUUCCAGCCCGUACCGCAUCUGUAACGCCUGUCGGAAAGUGAGCGCAAAAAAGGAAAAGGGACUGAGAGCGCGGUGUUCCUCCAGCGGUCCCAGCGCCUUCAUUCCAGAGGAUGAGAUCUUGGAGGCCCUCCCCAUCGAUGCCUGCACUGAGCUGCUGUUAGCGGAGGCCUACUCCCCGAGCGGGGGAUUGGACCACCUGACCCAGGUGAUGGGCCUGCACCCCCAAUACCUGCAGUCCUUCCUGCAGAGCCAGUUCUACCUUCUGUGGAUGGAUGGGCCCCUGCCCUUGCACUGCCGCCAGUACAUCGCUAUCAUGGCGGCGGCCCGGCACCAGUGCUCCUUCCUGGUGAAGAUGCACGUGCAGGAGUUCUACCAGAUAGGCGGGCCGGUGGAGUGGCUGAGGGGCCUGCAGUACGCCCCUGAGAGGAUGAGGAAGCUCAACGACAUCAACAAGAUCCUAGCACACAGACCAUGGCUUAUCACCAAGGACCACAUACAGAGUCUGGUUAAAACUGGGGAGAACAGCUGGUCCCUGGCAGAGCUGGUCCAUGCUGUGGUCCUGCUGGCCCACUUCCAUGCCUUGGCCAGCUUUGUGUUCAGCAGCGGCAUCAACCCGGAUGGGGAGGAGGACAUAGAUGAGCGGAGCUUCCAGUCUAUGUGCAAUUGCUCCUGUGACCUCGCUGAUAACUGCAGCCUGGAGCCAGAGGGCAUCUUUCGUGGCAGCCUUGAGAUGACGGACUCAGUCAGUGAACUGGAGGCCUUAAUGGAAAGAAUGAAGAGACUCCAAGAAGAGCAGGAGGAGGAGGAGGCCUCCCAGGAGGAGAUGGCCACUCGCUUUGAGAGGGAGAAGAAAGAGAGCCUUCUAGUGGGCUCAGGAGUUUUCAAGGAAGAGGUGGUGCCAAAAUCAAAAGUCUCCCAGUUUGUGGAGGAUUCCACCUUCCGGUAUCAGGACUUUGCCAGACGUGCGGAAGACGACCUGCCCACUUUCCGAGCUCAGGAUUACUCCUGGGAAGACCACGGUUUCUCUCUGGUAAACCGGCUGUACUCUGACAUUGGGCUCCUGCUGGACGAGAAGUUCCGCACAGUGUGCAACCUGACGUACUACAACAUGGCAACCCACGAGGACGUGGACACCACCAUGCUCCGCCGUGCCAUCUUCAACUACGUGCACUGCAUGUACGGCAUCAGGUAUGAUGACUACAACUAUGGGGAGGUGAACCAACUGUUGGAACGCAGUCUGAAGGUCUACAUCAAGACUGUGACCUGCUACCCAGAGAGGACCACCUGUCACAUGUACCACAGCUACUGGCGCCAGUUCCGUCAUUCCGAAAAGGUCCAUGUGAACCUGCUGCUCAUGGAGGCCCGGAUGCAGGCGGAGCUUCUGUAUGCCCUGCGAGCCAUCACUCAUCACAUGACCUGAGGGGACGCACUUCGCCUGCUGGCCCACACUAAACCUCCACAUACCUAUCCCUGCUGUGGGCCUAGCUGGAAUAAAUGAUGGGUUUAAAGUGGAUAGGGUUAACUUCAUUCCCAAAAUAUCUAUAUUUUAGUUCCCCUUUCUAUUUACUCCAGAGUGGACCACAGCACUCAGCACUAUUCUAAAAGAAAGUUGAAACAAAAACAACACAGUUGUGGAGGAGACGUAUCUGGGGUAAUGACAAAAAGUUUCUUCCUUCUUCUCUUAUUUUUAUGUACUGUAUUCUGAUAAGAUUCUUUUUUUUACCAUUUAGACAAAACUGGCAGUAGUGCAGUUUGUUGAUGCGCUGACAGUUGACUUGUCAUGCUGAACCUAUUAGAGCUGAGUAUGCUUUUAAAGAGCAUAAUUACUGUAGUACAUAUUUCCACCAUAAGAUCAAAUGGCUUAUGCAGAAUGAUAUAAAACUGUGGUCAGGAUUCAAUUAGAGCAGUAAAUACAUUGCUCGCUAAUCUUUUUCAUAACAUGAGAUGUAUCAGUCAUGUACCUUGUGUUUCCAACUCAACAUCUGGCUAGCCAGGAAAUAGGGAUUUUGCAGUAUGCCUUGGAAUGAAAAUAAAUAUUGUUUUAAAUACUUAAAUGGAAGGGGGGAGGGGGGAUUCUCACACAAUUAGUAAUGUACUGUUCACUGGCUGUUUUCUCUGCUGUUUUACCAAAAGCAGAAUUGUCUCAUUUAUCAAGUGUCACCAAGUUGCCUUUUCCUUUGUUUGAUCACCUGACUUACACUUUGGCUGCUUUGGGGUGAAAGGCCUCAUUCCUGAAAGAUACAGCUGAAACAUUGGCACAGAAAAGUGGCAAAGUGCAGACACACUGCUUUAAGAUCUAUUGUAAAAGCCAGAGCCGGAUAAGACAAAGUAUAGUUGGACUGGAUGGAAGACAGAACCAAGUACAUAAUAGUGAAUAAUCUAGAACUGAAAUGAGAGACUGAAGCAAGUGUUUUUGAUCAGAGUAGGAAUAAGACUGAACCAAACAAUUGUCAACAAAGUAGAACUAGACAGAAUAGAAUUUAACCAAGGAAUACUGAACAAAGUACAGAGUGAGAUUGGUGAGACUGUACAGUUUUGUUCUUUUUGUGGAAACACAGGAUGCUCUUUUCUUUCUGUAUAAGGUACUGUCUGUUUGAAUGUGCAAUAUACAUUAUUCCUUAUUUUUGUCUUAUGUUUUAGAGCUAGGAAGACUGCAUUAAAGGAAAAAACUAAGCUGAGAUUAAAAUCUCAAAAAAUAUAUAUUUUUUACAUUUUGCACAUAUGUAAAGGUCCCAUUUGAGAUGGGAUUCAGUUUGACAGAGAGGGAUACCUGUUUUCCUCAACAUUGGUUUCACUUGAUGGAUAUUAUGCCUCAUAUGAAUCAAUGCAUGUACCACUGACGACUAAAAAAAUGUGAAAGAAAUCUAUGUGAAAGAAACCAAAUUUGUUGGUUUCUGUACUUUCUUGUCUCCGAUGUAUAUCAUUUAAACCAUUUAUAGCAUGUUGUUGUAAUGAUAGCAUACUAUGAACAGUGCUUUUUGCCUUUUCACAUUUCAAAGCAUUUUAAAGCAUUUUCAGUAUUACCAUCGUGGCUGGUUGAAUUCUUAACCAGUUGUUGUGAAGCUGUGAUCCCCUGCAAUGUCAUCUAAUUAGGUGGUAUGAUUUAUUACAGUGCUUGUUUUUGCAACAGAAGGGUGCAUAUUAAUUUUUCCAUUGACUUGCAAAUGACAGUCAUGUCUUAUAUGUGAUUGUUGACUCAAUACUUAACACUGGCAUAGGAAAACAUGAAAUCAAUCUACAUAUCACAUCUUACUAACAUUUUACUGACAGUUCUUUUUGGUGCAACCAGUUCUCUUGUCUGUCUAUGACACAUAAAGUGAAUGCAAAAGUUUAAAGUUGCCAAAGUUUGAAUCAUUCAACGUACUGUCCAAGAAAACCUUAAUAUAUAUUGAUGAGUUCAUAUGGUAAUAUGCCAUUCUAUUCCCCUUUUAAGCUGUAGGGAUAUGAAUAUUGUUAAAGAUUCAUUUAAACAGGUAUAACAUUUUCAUAACUUUACUUUUUUUCCCUGAAAGAUUUCAGCAUCCAUCCAGGGAAGGAGCAUAUCUUGUAUUUCACAAGUGGAGGUGAAGUCACUAUUAAUUUUUUGUUGUUGUUGUAAAUCUGCUCCAAAAAUAUUUUUCCUUGCUUAUUUUGUAACACAUUUUGUUCUCGACAAAUACAACAGCAUAAAUAAAUUUACUUUCUUGA